AUGGACGCCGACAUCUCGGAGACGACCACCCUACCUUGUGACGGCCCGCUCAAGCCCGCGAGUGACGCAACUGUGGCACCAAAGCGGCCGCGCCCCCCGAGGCCCCCGAGGCCCCACGGAUCACCCCCCGAUAGUAUCGGUGACGCAUCGGAUGUCAUCACGUUUGAUGUGGGCGGCAUUCUCUUUCCGUGCAAACUGCACGUGCUGGAAAAGUUUCCCAACGCGCGCCUCCACCGUGUAGCGCUGUGUGGCUGCAGUAGCACGAGCGCCAACAACGUCUUCCUCGAUCGCAACCCGUCGCUCUUCAGCAUCCUCCUCGAAUGGUACAAGACGGGGCACGUGCGUUUGCCAGGGCAUAUUGCCCGCGAUGUCAUGGAAGCCGAAGCACACUACUUUGAUGUCGGCACCGAGAUGUUUCCAGUGCCAAAACACACUGUGGUGUGCUUUGCCAAGGCGCUGCAGAGCACGCUCUUGCCGCACCAGCCCCCGAUCGUGUUUGUGCUGCGCGCCCACGAGCAGCUCGUGUUGGAGUCGGCCGCGGGCCCCGGUCGCCUCCUCUUGCGCGUGACCGACCUCUCGGGGGCAACGACGGUGCACCAAGCCGUGCUCUACGACAGCGACUCGUAUUUUUUCUUGGCGGUGGACCCGCCAAGCUUCACGGCACGCCGCAACCUCAUUUACUCGUUCUGGGUCGAGCCCACGCGCGCAACGACUCCAAUUGUUGUCGAGUUCAAGCUACGCUACCUUUUCGCAGCCACCGACCAAGUCGUGCUGUCCAGUGACGACCAGAUCGCGCUGCACGAGUCGAUGAGUGGGUUCGACGCCGAGUCGCAUGUCGUGACCGCCAAAACCAUGCAGUCCCUCCAUGCCCCGAGGCUAGUCCACGAGAAAACAGCGGUCGACACACUCGAAGCGCCACUGCCAACCAAGACGCCAGGCGCCAACUUGCCCGAGAAGACCAAAGAGCGUGCUCAAAUCGUCGAGGAAACGCAGUUGUUUCAAGCCAAACUCCGCGAGCAUGCCGUGUGGGUCCAGCUUCACCAGCGCGAGCUUGCGCAGCAGCAGCACUUUGCACUCAAAGAGGAUGGAAGUCCGCGAAGAGCGUCGAGUGAAGCACCUGCCGGGUACGUGCGCAAGCCGCCGACCAAGAAGCUAGCAUAG